AGAGACAUACCCAGGCCUGGGCAACUGUUACUUGUUUUGCUCGGACUCGCUAAUCUGUUACGGCUUGAACCAGAGGUGUGACGGGAUCAAGUUCUGUCCUCAAGGGGACGACGAAUUAUUCUGUGACUACAGGACUGACUGGGACAACUUUAAGAUUUCCACUUUCAAACCGACUACACUGAAACCGGAAAUGUCGUGGGUCGAUGACCAAAACAACCAGUACAACCACAAUAACCAGUACGGGAUGGAGCCAUCCCAAAGCAGCCAAGACGCGACACCGUUGCGCCUAGGGGGCGGAGAGAUCACGGGGAUAAUUGUGGGAGUCGUUUUCUUCGUCGUGAUGAUGCUUGUCAUAUGCUGCUGGGCCAUAAAGCGUCGACAAGAGCGACUCGAAGACGCACGCCCUCUGGUGACCAACAUCCCUACCACACCUUCCAUGCAGCGCCUCCCCACCCAAGGCUCGACACAGGUCGCCAUUCAACCCGGUUACCGGCUUGCCGCCGCACAGCCCGGUGCCCCUGCCCCCAGGGGAGCAAUAGGCCUAAUCAUCGUCCGACGCGUCUUCUGCAUAGCCAGUGUCGCGCGAGCCGAACCGGCAGUGCCGGUGUCGCCGCCUCCAUAUGAAACGCUGGGUCCUGUCACGCCGGAAAUGUGUACAUCGGAAGGUGUCCUUAAAGAAAGCGAUUCGCCACCGCCAUAUAGGGAGAGAUACUGACACAGAAAUUAUAAAAGAUGCUUUAACACAAAUACGCCGCUAUGUGCUGUGCGCCAUUACUUUGAAUGGUUGUGUCCAUAUUCGUUUAAGGGUAUUGUUGCAAUGUGCAUACUUUGUGACAAAUUAACCAGCCGUUGAAUGAAUGGAUGUGAUGUGUCUGUAAAAUGUCUUUUUGUAUGUGUCUACAUGCAUGUUGUAAUUAUUCAAAUUGACAUGUUAACCCAUUUAUGCCGAGCGUCUAGAAAAAAAAGCAUUGGCAAACAGCGUAGACCCAGAUGAGACGCUGCAUGAUGCGGCGUCUUAUCAGGGUCUGUGCUGUUUGAUUCAAGGAAUUUCUAUAGGAAAUAUUCUAAAUAUAGAAAUAAAUAUACUAGACAUGGAAAUAAAUUGAUCCAAUUUAAUAGGAUGGAAGAGUCCACUAGUCAUAAAUGGGUUAAAGUAAACUUUUUCUUUGAGAUCUACUAAGAUCCACAACGUACAGUAUCAAUUUAAGACAUUUUAAUUUUGUUAUUGACGCUUGUGAUAUUCCUGUUGAUUGCUUUUAUGAAUACAAUGACAAUAUUUAACAUUUUGUAAUAAUAAAAUUGUUCUUUAUAAAAUUAAUUUACGAACGCAAUAUGCAACCUUAUACAUGUCUAGACGAUACAUUAGUUUUGUCGUGUUGAGUCGCUUAUGCUUGCAGGCCAUAUAAGAAUUACCAAUGUCCAUAAUUUGAUGUAAAACUUGCACUCUCACCAUGAUGAUUAAGUUCACGGAUAUAAAAAUAGAAAACAGUUUUUUUCAUGCAUUUUAAUUUGUAAGAUUCGCAUUUGCAUUCGUGUUUUCUCAUAUGUUGAGUUCAUUAAAUUAUAAGUAAUUAUUGUAUUCAACUUAAAUAGAAUAAUGUACAAGUUAAUGGUAGGGAAAUGCUAAACGCAUUAGAAUUGAUUCAUUUCGUCCAAAUGGCGUCAUGUUUCUGAUCGUUAAUAUAUUUUGUCUGUCGUAUUAAAAUUGCAUCACAGAUGAAUUUAUAAGUGUUUAAUUAAAUUGCAACGUUUGAAUACAAAAAGUCAGUGUCAGCCGUAUUCAAUCUACAUAAGUUAUCUAAUUAUUUGGCGAUGCAUCUUUCAUGAGGGUAUAUAACGUUAAUUGUUAGUCUGUUUCCUAUUUUAACAGUAUUUGAUUUUUUAGUUGCUGCUGGCGGUAAAUGUGAUAUAUUUUGACGUUUCAUGUUGAUAUUAAAUUAUUAUGAUUUAUUUGUAUACCUAUGUACAAAAAAGACAUGCUUUUUUCAAUAUUUUCAAGCGCUUGUAGUAUAAACACUGUAUGAAAUAUGGUU